GUUCCGCGUUGUCACAACAACAACCUUGUUCAUACCGCGCAAUUUGAAUGUGGACCAACUGAAUUAUUACAUGAUGAUUACUGAAUUUACAGAUGAAGUUCUUAGUGGAAUCAAAUGUGACUCGAAGAGUUCAAGGAAUAAAUCCUUUGUUGAAGCACAAAUGCAAAGUGAACCAUACAAGAUUUAUCAUCGUGGUACACAGUCGAAAAGAUAUAAAACUCAAGAGAUUCAAACAGACUGGCUUCAUCAAGAUGAAGAAUUAAACAAUACUGACAAUAAAAACGACUCUAAAACUCAGCGUGACAAAGAAACAAAAUUAAUUAACUUCCUGAAACGCGUCGAACCAAUCAUGACAAAAGAAAUAGAAAACAAUUUAACCUCUAAGGCAUUUAAACGAUUGGAGUCAAGAAAAAUAUUCAAUAGGGUUGACGCGUUGGAAAAAUACACGCUUAUACUGGAUAACGCUAAAGAGGACAAGUUAUCUGUUACAGGACUAUCAUGGAAUUCAACUGGAGCAUUGCUGGCAAUAUCUUAUGGAUCAAUAUGUCAUACAGACUGGUGUACACAUGUUGGUUAUGCAGCACUUUGGAAUGUAACAAGUAGUACACUGGAGUCGAAUAAUCCCAAGCACAAAUAUACAACGAAUAGUUGUUUAAUGUGUAUAAAAUGUCAUCCAACAAUUCCAUCUUUGCUAGCUGGUGGAACAUAUACAGGUUAG